AUGUCAGCAACUCGGCGUCUUCAAAAGGUAAAUGGUUGUUUCUCUACAAACUUUUCAAAUGUUCUUGUGUUUUAGGAGUUGGGGGAUCUCAAAAAGUGCGGAGUGAAGGCGUACGAAAAUGUGGAGUGCGAGGAGACGAAUUUACUCAAAUGGACGGUUCUUUUGAUCCCGGUAAUCGAGAAAAUUGAAUUUUUCUAGAAAAGCGUAAAUUUUUAGGACAAGGAGCCAUACAAUAAGGGUGCGUUCAAAGUGGGCAUCAAUUUCCCGGUCGAUUAUCCGUUCAAGCCGCCGAAGGUCGCUUUUGAAACCAAGAUCUAUCAUCCGAACGUUGACGAGGAGGGCAAAUUCUGUUUGCCGAUUGUGACCGCCGAAAAUUGGAAACCGGCGACGAAAACUGAACAAGGUUCGUGGAAUUUUCAGGAAAAUUGCCUAAAAUUCGUUAUCUUUGCAGUAAUGAUGGCCCUGUUGUCGUUAAUCAACGAGCCGGAGCCGUCGCAUCCGAUCCGCGCGGACGUGGCCGAGGAGUUCCAGAAAGACCACAAAAAGUUCAUGAAAACGGCAGAGGAGCACACGCGAAAGUUCGCCGAGAAACGACCCGAAUAA